AUGGCUGCCAGUGCCGCAGACGUGCGGAGCAUCCUCUCUUUGCCCAAUGCCCCUGGUACUGGACCCCCUACUCAAGCGAAGAAACCACAGGCGGCGGAGCGCGCGAAGAAACCAGAGGGUAUUCCGAGGGAGCUCUACGCCCUGAUCGGGCCGUCCAUCCCUACUAUGGCUGCUCAGUUCGCGAAACCGAGGCUCAAGCAGAAGCCAAACAUAGGGGGUGGUGGAAAGGUGAAAUGGGAAUGGCGUCCUUUCAGGAAUGGGGCGCGGACGGAUGACCUUAGAUUAUCCCACUGGGUGAAGUCGAGCGUAGAUCCGGAAGCUGACUAUCCUUUUGCGAAGUACAAUGUCCAAACCACACCGUAUGUGUACUCUCAGGAUGAGUACAACAGGUUCCUCGAAGACUCGAAUUGGACCAAGGAGGAGACAGACUACCUUUUCAACCUUGUACGCGAGUAUGAUGGCCGGUUCCUCGUCGUUCACGAUCGUUACGAAUAUCCGGGUGGGACGGAACGGCCCCUGGAGGAUUUGAAAGAUCGAUAUUUCAGUAUAUGUCGGAAACUAGUUCGGAAUCGACCAUGGCCUGGAGAUGAGGCUAGCAAGGCCGCGCUCAUAUCCACCCUGACAUUUGACAAAGACAAAGAGACGCUUCGCAAGCAAUACGUGGCUAGUCUUGUGAACCGCACACCAGAACAGAUCGCCGAAGAAGAUGCGCUCUAUCUUGAACUCGAGAGGCUUAAGGAGAACGAGCGCCGGUUUAAGAAGGACCGUGACGAAUUGUUACGCACUCUGUGCGGCAUCGAGUCUGGUUUGCCCGACAUCGCGGUGGACGACGACGGUCUCGCGGGGACUACCCUCGACACGAAGAAGAAAAGGAAGGCUGUCGCAGGCAGCGUAGAGCCUCAAACCCCUGUCACGCCUUCCGCUUCCAGCGUCAUCGCCCUUCCCCAGCCACAGCCGAAGAAAUCGUCUGCGAAAUCUGCCGCCUAUGACGCACUGCAUUGCAUCGUCCGCACGGAGGUGGAACAGACGGCGGGUUCUUCCACGAAGGCCGCGCACGUCCCCGUCCACCUCCGCACCUUCAAGAUGGCACAGCCCAAAGCUGCCGUCGCCCCCCGCGUUUCUCAAGUAGUCGGCGAGGUCGGAAUAUCUGCAACGCGCAUCGUCAUGCCCACCCGUGACAACCUCGCGAAGUUCGCCUCUGUCAUCGACGCCGCGCAGCAGCUCGUCGAGAUUAAGAAGGCAGUUGAUAAGCACGAGCAAGACAUCAGGACGACCAGGGCGCGCCUCGCGAUUCUUCGCGGUGAGAACCCAGAGGGCGAGGGCGAGGCGCUGGAGACACCGAUGGACGUGGAGGAGGGUGAGGCGGAGGGCGACGUGGAAGGUAGAGGGCAGAGUGUUAUGAGCACACGCAGUGCGCGGAGCCGCAAGCAGGGACGCCGGUCGAUGUCCGUUUCGUCGGUGGACACCGCCAAUGGGCCGAACAAACGGCAGAAGCAGCGUUAGAUGUGUCAAGGAUACACGUACCGUAUUAUAGUACCUUCUUGUAGCGUGUAUCGUAUGUGGUGAGAAAUUAUACGUUCCU